GCCGCGCCGCGCCGGCCCCCGCCGCCCCGCGCCGCCCCGUAGUAGCCAGCGAGCGGGGGAGCCGUGCGGGCGGCAGCGGGCCGCAGCCCUGCGCCAGCCGCGCCGCGGAGAUGCGCGUCCCCGCCGCCCUGUGAGCGCCGCCGGCGGAGACGGCGAGGGGAGCGGCGUCCCCCGCAGCGGCUCUGCCUGCCGGGGCGCCCGCCGCGCCCCGCUCCAGCGCACGGAAGAGGAAGGCGAGGGGGAGGGGGCCCGGCGGACGGUCCCGCUGCGGCCGCGGCGCCCGAGCCUCCCCGUCGGGACUCCGGUGGCGAGGGGCGGAGGAGGCGGCGGCCGGAGCCGGAGCGGGGGGCGCUCGCCGCUGCCCCGGGGCCGGGACAUGUCGUCGGCGGCGGUGGCGGCUGCUUCCCGCAGGCAGUCGUGCUACCUGUGCGACCUGCCCCGCAUGCCCUGGGCCAUGAUCUGGGACUUCACCGAGCCCGUCUGCCGGGGCUGCGUCAACUACGAGGGCGCCGACCGCGUGGAGUUCGUCAUCGACACGGCGCGGCAGCUGAAGCGGGCGCACGGCUGCUUCCCCGAGGGCCGGGCCCCGCCGCCGCCCCACGCCAAGCAGCCGCCGCUCUCCGCCAAGGAGCUCCUGGCGCAGCAGCAGCAGCAGCUCGGCCACCCCGCGGCGGCGGAGGCGGCGGCGCGGCCCCCGCCGCAGCCCCUGGAGCGCUACUCGCUGGCGGCCGAGCGGCCGCCGCCCCGCCUGGGCGCCGAGUACGGCGGCGGCCGGCAGGUCAACGGCAUCCUGGUGCCCAACGGCUUCCCCAAGCCCGAGGAGCCGCCCGAGCUCAACCGGCAGAGCCCCAACCCGCGGCGGACGCACGCCGUGCCCCCCACCCUGGUGCCGCUGGUGAACGGCGCCGGGCUCCCCGCCGCCAUCGGCGGCCUGGGCAGCCGCGCCGCCGCCGCCGCCGCCGCCUCGCUGGCCGCCAUCUCCGCCGCGCCCGCCCCGAUGGCCGUGCCCGUCCCCCAGCAGCCGGCGGCGGCGGCGCAGGCGGCGGGGCAGGCGGCGGGGCAGCCCGGCGAGCUGGGGCACAAGCGCCCCGGCUCCGUCUCCUCCUCCUCCUCCUCGGGCGGCGGCGGCGGCGGCGGCGCGGCGGGGGAGCACGACGGCGGCGCCAAGGAGAAGCGGGGCUCGGCCGAGAGCCUGCCGGCGGCGGCGGCGGCGGAGCUGGCCGCCGAGGGCAAGGGCCGGGCGGGCGGCGAGCAGGAGUGGCUGGCCAAGCCCAAGACGGUGCGGGACACGUUGCUGGCCCUGCACCAGCACGGCGGCCACGCCGUGCCCCCCUUCGACAGCAAGUUCAAGAAGGAGCCGGGCAUGGCGGGCGGCAGGCUGCUGGGCUACGAGACCAACGGCGCCGUGGCCAAGCCAGGGGCCCGGGCCGCCCGGAAGAGGAAGCCUUCCCCCGAGCCGGAGGGCGAGGCGGGCCCCCCGAAGAUCAACGGGGAGGUGCAGCCCUGGCUGCCCACCUCGUCGGAAGGGAUGAAGCUGCCGCUGACGGCCACCCCCUUCAUGUCGCCCCCGCCGCCCACCGCCUCGCCCCACUCCAACCGGACCACGCCGCCCGAGGCGGCCCAGAACGGCCAGUCGCCCAUGGCCGCCCUCAUUUUGGUGGCGGACAAUGCCGGGGGCAACCACGCCUCCAAAGACGCCAACCAGGUCCACUCCACCACGCGGAGGAACAGCAGCAGCCCCCCCUCGCCCUCCGCCAUGAACCAAAGAAGGCUGGGCCCCGGCAGGGAGGUGCCGGGCCAGGGGGCCAACGCGGCGGGGGGGCUGGAGCCCGUGCACCCCGCCAGCCUGCCGGACUCGUCCCUCGCCGCCAGCGUCCCGUUGUGUUGUACCCUCUGCCACGAGCGCCUGGAAGACACCCACUUCGUGCAGUGUCCCUCCGUCCCCUCCCACAAGUUCUGCUUCCCCUGCUCCCGGCAGAGCAUCAAGCAGCAGGGAGCCAGCGGGGAGGUGUAUUGUCCCAGCGGGGAGAAGUGUCCCCUGGUCGGCUCCAACGUCCCCUGGGCCUUCAUGCAGGGGGAGAUCGCCACCAUCCUGGCCGGAGAUGUGAAAGUGAAAAAGGAGAGGGACUCGUGACUGGCCCGCUCUCGCCGCCCGACGUCACCUUGAACUCGAACUGCUCGAAUUCUGUACAUAUCUAUAAAUAUAUAUAUAUAAAUAUAUAUAUAUCUCCAAGACAAGGGAAAUGUAGACUUCAUAAACAUGGCUGUAUAAUUUUGAUUUUUUUGAAUACAUUGUGUUUCUAUAUUUUUUGAAGACAAAAGGUAUGUACUUAUUAUAAAGGCAUUUCUUCUAAUUCUUCUCCUUUUUUUUCUUUUUUUUCUUUUGGGUUUUUUUUUCGUUUUGUUUUUUGUUUCUUUCCUUUUUUUCCCUUUUGUUAUAGCAACUAUUUGUUGUGCUUCCCUGGUGACAGUUACUGUUCAAUGUAGGCUGUGACUUGCGCUGCUUUUUUUAGAGAGCACUUGGCAAAACAGAAAUGCUUCUAGCUGUAUUUGUAUGCACUUGUUUCUUUUUUUUUUCUUUUUUUUCUUUUUUUUUUUUUUAAAUGCCAAAUACACUUUCUGACAUUGUAAAGAUUGCCUUACUGUCUGUGAUUCCUUAUUCCUGGCCCCUGUCCUGUAGAGCUGGUCGCAUGCAGGCUUGGUCUGAGGCGGUUGGGGAGAAGAGUGGCUAGCCAAGGCGGGGAUGCCCUUCGCCAUCCCGCCGGCCAGGCGAGCUUAGGGAGCAGGAGGGCUUUCUCCCAGAAACGCGCGGCUCGGGUUGCGAUGGCAGAUCCGCCAGAUCCAGUCCCAAAUUCCUCCGUGUUUCUCAAGGGAAGUUGCCUCCGGAGUAGGAUGUGGAGAGGUGUCCGAGAGGCGCUGUUGAGUUAGGGAUUUCUGGGUUGGUUUGGUUUUGGUUUGGUGUGUUUUGGUUGGUUUUUUUUUUUUUUUUUCCUUUCUUAAGGCAAAGUUGACCGCAGUUCACGUGAUCAGUUGUAAGAUUACAAAACUGCAUUUAUUCACCAAUUACAUACCAUAACGUGGAAUUUUGAUAACAAACUUAAUUAUACAAUUGGCAAAGGCGCUAACGUAGCACUGCCAUCUUUGAAGGUCUUCAGCGUCACUUCUGGGGCUUUUGUGUCUUUGGACAAAGCUGGGGAGGUGGGGGAGAGACUGGUUUUUGGGUUUGGUUUUUUGUUUUUUUUUUUUUUAAUUUUACUUUAAUUUUCAGAUAGUGCAGGUGGACUUUGAGUUUGCUUAUCAGUCACCUCUAGUGCUGUUGCUGUUUGUUACUAUCGCUGACCCGGUAUUUCCAAGUAGUGGCAGGUACGGUGUGGUACAGUGACAGCAGUGACUGAGGCUCUGCCAGAUUGCCUGCGGGCAUAUCAGUGACAGCCCAAAUGUGGGUGGAGGAAACCUGUAAUUUCCUUAUUACGUGUGCUUGAAACAAACCUACUGCUAUUCUUUGAAAAUGAAAAUAUAAACUGGUUGAAAUGAAAGCAAUUAGGGCUGCACAUAAUGGCCCUGGCCCUGCCUUUUAAGCUACUUUGGAGAACUCUUUUGUAAAGCCACUUCUUUUGAUCACGCUUCUGCAUCACCAAGCAGACUUCUAAAAUCAAUAAAUCAUUGGUUACUAGAAAUAGUUCGAGUCUUAUAGUGAUGUUUUUGUGCUGUUUAUAGUUCGUUGGCAACGCUGCAGCUGUACGAGCCCUUCUGUUGAGGUGUUUAUAACUCAGUUAUAAGCGGUUGUUUCUAAGCAAAAGGGUGGCGAGGUCGUCCCUUCCCGGGGACGGGCUAAUAAACACUUUCAGUAUCGGAAGAGGAGGAGGAAAAAUCUGUUCAGCCGACUAUAAUUUGAAGAAUUUUGGGUGCUUUUUAGUCAACUGUUCUUAUUGUGAUGAUGUUCAGACUGCAAUUUAAUGCAGAGUAGAUCUUUUUUGGAAGACUACUUUUCUUUUUUCUUUUUAAAAAAAAAAGAGAAAUGGUCAUGAUUAGUAUUUGAAGAUCAGAACUGCACAUGCACAGUAAUUUUUUAUGAAGUGUUUAAUGAGCACACCCACUACAUUGUGUUCCAUAUUACAGGUCAAUGUAAUAUUAGAUAAGACUUGCAUGAUAAACAAAUUCAUUGAGUCAAUAUUACGCUUUAAAACUUAUACCUAUAGUCAAGAUUGGUGUCUUAUGUAAACACAUUUAGCCAAUUUGAAGAAAACGCACAUUAUAUAUAUAUAUACCUAUAUAUAUACCUAUAUAUAAAAAAACCAACUGUAAAGGAUUCUUUGGAACCACUAUGAUCUGUGUAAAUGUGUAUUUAGGCACUUUAUUAAAAAAAAAUGGAUUUUGAGCUGA